AUGACGGAUCCAUUCGACCCGUACUCCCUCACAAGAGUCAUCGCCCUCGAUAGCACAGGCGCUCCUCUGCGCGCAGAAGCAAGAGCCAUGCAGCGCGAACUCGGCGUCGACCCGACCCCCGAGAUGAUCCGCACUUUCAUGAGCAUGCCCUAUCCCGGCGACCCUCGCGCCGACUUCCGUCACAGUUCAUCGAGUCGCUCCCGACCAUCAGAUCAGACCCAUCUCGAGAAGCAGAAGAAGCGACGGGAAGAAGACGAGGCCAAACUCGCGAAGAUCUACGAGUCGUUCGAAUUCGACCCUUUGUGGUCCAAGCUCAGCGAUGUGUUGUCGAGAAUGAAGAACGACCCUGGAGCGGCUCAGAUCCUCCUUCCUCUGAUCGAGAGCAUGAUGGUGGUCUCUCAGCACGUCACCAGCCCAGAUGGCGAAACCCCCAUCGUUCCUGGUGACGUUCGGCCUCCGUUCAGCCGCUCCUCCACCCUCGGUGCCCACAGCCGCUCGUCAACGCAGGGUCCUAAAACAGCAAAAGAGAUCAUGGAGGACAAUUUCUUCGCUUUCACAGAGAAGCACCGCAAGAUCCUCAACAUCAUGGUUCGCCAGAACCCAACGCUCAUGUCCGGCUCCUUUGCUUUGCUCGUCCGCAAUCCGAAGGUGCUUGACUUUGAUAACAAGAAAAACUACUUUACACAGCAGCUACACAAGGGUCGACGCGACCACUACACACCUUUGUCGCUAUCGGUCCGCAGAAACUCGGUCUUCGAAGACAGUUUCCGAUACUUUUCUAGAAAGUCGGGGCCGGAGGUCAAGCACGGCAAGCUGAACGUUCGCUUCAACAACGAGGAGGGUAUCGACGCAGGAGGUGUUACCAGGGAGUGGUUCCAGGUAUUGGCCAGGGCCAUGUUCAACCCAGACUAUGCGCUUUUCCAACCUUGUGCGGCAGAUCGCACCACAUACCAGCCAAACCGCAUGUCGUACGUCAACCCGGAUCAUCUCUCCUUCUUCAAAUUCGUUGGUCGCAUCAUCGGCAAGGCCAUCUACGACGGUCGACUGCUCGACGCAUACUUCACUCGCAGCUUCUACAAGCACAUCCUCGGCAAGCCCGUCGACUACAGAGACUUGGAGUCCAUCGACCCCGAAUAUUUCAAGAGUCUCGAGUGGAUGCUCAACAACGACAUUACAGACAUUCUCGAUCUCACCUUCAGCGUCGAUGAUGAAGAGUUUGGAGAGACCAAGAUCGUCGAACUGCAGCCUAACGGCGCGUCGAUUGCGGUCACCGAGGCCAAUAAGCAGGAGUAUGUGCGGCUUGUCACCGAACAGAGGCUCACAAAGUCCAUCAAGUCCCAGAUCGAGGCCUUCCUCGGCGGCUUCAACGAAAUCAUCCCGUCCGACCUCAUCCGCAUCUUCUCAGAGCAGGAGCUCGAGCUUCUUAUUUCAGGUUUGCCAGACAUCGAUGUCGACGCAUGGAAGAACAACACCGAGUUGCAUGGCUACAGCUCUGGCGAUGCCGUCAUUCAGUGGUGGUGGCGUGCCGUCCGAUCUUUCGACCAGACCGAGAAGGCCAAAUUGCUCCAAUUCAUCACGGGCACCAGCAAAGUGCCGCUCGAAGGCUUCGCCCACCUCCAAGGCGUGCAGGGCACCCAGAGGUUCAACAUCCACAAGGCCUACGGAGCGGACCGACUGCCGGCCGCGCACACAUGCUUCAACCAGCUCGAUCUGCCGCAGUACGAGUCGUACGAGAAGCUGCGUUCGUCGCUCCUGCUCGCCAUGAACGAAGGUGGUGAAGGCUUCGGAUUUGCCUAG